ACAAGUCCGCCUCGCAACACUCCGCAAGCGCGGCAUCGUGCCGUCGCGACCAUACCCCCUCCGUCUCUAAAGUGCUAGCAUCGCACUCGAGAUCUUCGAAUCCGAAUCCUCCUUUGUCCAUCAUAUGCCUCGAUCUAGGUGCAUGACCAUAUGACUCCGUCCUCAAUGGUCUCCCACCCUCUCAAUCCAGCAACGGCGUCCGCGUCCAACUCCCGCGAUCUAACCCUACGACGCGCACCGUCCAUCACAUCGACACGGACGGCGUUGACUCACCGGCGACAUCAUCGGAAUGCACGGUCGCAUGUGGGGACUAGCUCGCACCAGCCACAGAACGAGUUCCCGAUCUUCACGCAUACCGGCGAUGUGGAGAUCCUGCUCACUGAUCGCGAGGGGAGGAGAGAGACGCGGUUCUUGUUGCAUCGGUUGAUCUUGGCGCAGUGCUCGGGAUUCUUCGAGGCGGGGACGAGAGGAGCGAUGAGCGAUAUGUAAGGGGAGAUGAGAUCGUUUUGGGUGGGCAGAGGAAGAGGUGGAUAUAUCAGUUGGAUUGGGGUUCUGGGCCGGACGAUGUCCCCUUGCUUGUUCAGCAGU